AUCAUGUCUGGCGCAUCCAUGUCAGAUAUGAGGUCUAUCCUCUCGGUGCCAGCCCCCUCGCCUGCUACGACAUCCAAGCCACCACCAAAGAAACCUGGCCCCAAGAAGCGGGAAGGCAUCUCGCGGGAAGUAUACUCUCUCAUGGGGAACUCCAUUCCAGCUCUAGCUGCUCAAGUCGCGAAGCCACGACUGAAGCAGAAACCUAAUCUUGGUGGUGGUGGCAAAGUUAAAUGGGAAUGGCGGAAAUUUAAGAAUGGGGCCAGAAAGGAUAAGCUUGAGCUAGGUCAUUGGGUGAAGGCCACCGCUGAUCCUAAUGCUGAAUAUCCGUUUGCGAAAUAUAACGUCCAGAACACAGAUUAUACGUAUUCACAAGAUGAAUAUACGCGCCUUCUCGAAGACAAAGAGUGGACGAAAGAAGAGACGGACUACCUGUUUGAACUUGUGAAGGAGUACGACUUGAGGUGGCAAGUCAUCGCAGAUAGAUACGACUUUAUAGGCGGUAGACCACGGUCCAUGGAGGAUAUGAAAGAUCGGUACUUUAGUGUCUGCCGCAAGCUUAUUAGAAAUCGACCAUGGCCAGGCGACGAUAUGAGCAAGACACGCCUCAUCACCAGUUUCAUGUUUGAUAAAGACCGUGAAACCAUGCGCAAGAAUUAUCUCCUCUCCCUUGAAUCGCGAACACCUUCGCAAAUCGCCGAAGAAGAAGCCCUUUAUAUCGAGCUCAAGAAGCACGAACAGACAGAGCGCACUUUCCGACGGGAGCGAGACGAACUGCUUCGUACCCUGCUCGGCAUCGAUUCUGGCCUUCCGGAUCUGCCUAUCGAAGACGACACCGGUGCUCCUGCUAGUGCCGUCGAGAGUCGAAGCGGCGCUCCUGAAGUUGCUCCAAAUAAGAAGAACAAUAAGAGGCGAGGCGCCGGGAUGACACUCGGAGAUCUGGGUGGUGGGAUCGGUAGAGAGAGUCCUGCCAGCCCAGCCAGUGCUGGUCCUAGUGCAUUGACGCCUAGAAGUAGACAGAGCUCUACUAAGAAUUCUGCAUAUGAUGCCCUCCACUGUAUUCUGCGUAUUGAGCCUGAUAAGUCUAACAAUCCCGCGAUCAUGAAACAAGCCCACCAAGCUGCAUCCCUUCGCACCUUCAAGAUCCCGUAUCCGAAAUCUGCCCUAGCAGGCAAGGUCAACCAAGUGAUCACCGAGCUCAACAUCACAUUAACAAGACUCGUCAUGCCGACGAGGGAUACGGUAGCGGCGUACGACAGUUUGCUGAACGCUGCAACCUCGUUGGUGGAUACAAAGAAAGUGGUGGACACUGUGGAGCAGGAGAUCAGGGUGACGAAAGCCAGGUUGGGAAUGAGGUUCGAGGCGGAAGUGUCUGGUACCGGGAAAGGAGCGGGAGGGAGUGCUGGGACAGCCAAUGCAAGUGGUCGUCCUAGUCUCGGUGAUGGGGAGUCAGGGUUCCGUGGCUCUGCACAACCUCAGGGGCAGACUCCGGCGCCGAUGAACCUCGACCUCGAUGACGAUGUCAAGAUGGAGGAGGAAGAGGGGAGGGAUGGUGAUAGAGCGCAGAGUGUGGUCAGCACGAGGAGCGCUAGGAGCACUCGACGACAAAAUGCGAACAGACGAUCAAGGUCGAUUUCUUCCGUGGAUACUACAGCAACUCGAUCAGGCAACAAGCGACAAAAGCAUGGAUGAUCAGCAUGUCGUAUUGUCCUCGGUCUCUUGCUUUCCACCCUUAUGAAUCACUGUUCCAGUUGCAUGUAACUUACUAGCCCUUGGUUUCGAAAACAUGUAUUCGC